ACGUUUCUUAUUGGUCCCGCGAGCAGAUGGAGGAGUCCUAAUGAGCUGGCUGGCGGAGAGAAAAAGCAGGGUUGACAUCUCGGUCGGAUCGUAAACGUGAAACAGGCUGUAGCCUACCUCGUAUAGCCCGGUCCUCCGCCGCUCCUCUACAGACCGCGUACCGUGGCCGCGGGAAACGGGUCCGUGCAGCCUGGGUUCCCCCUUCUCUCCCCCGCUCCUCCUUCAUCUCUCCUUCCUCCUCGCAGCAGCUUCUUCCUCCUCUCCCUGACUUUUUGUUUUUUCGACUGCAUGUUCAGCCACACUGCCUCCCUCUGCAUCUUCACUUCGGCCCCGCCGCAGCCCGGGCGAGCAUGGACAGUCGGGUACUCGAGCAUCCUCACGCCCAGUUCGCAGGCUCCUUGGGCGGGCUGGUGGGCUUCCCGUACGGGCUCAGUCCCCAUCACCAUCACCACCACCACCACCUCUACGAGCUCGCCAACGGACACCAGCUGCAGUCUGCGGCCGCCGCCUCCUUCUCUAUAGACGGAUUACUUAACGGCUCCUGCUCGGCCUCGGUGGUCAGCUCUAACUCGCUGCUGUCGCCCGACAGCCAGUUUAAACUCUCAGAUUCUGGGGACCCGGAUAAGGACAGUCCCGGUUGUAAAAGGAGACGCACGCGGACGAAUUUCACCGGGUGGCAGCUGGAGGAGCUCGAGAAGGCUUUCAACGAGAGUCACUAUCCGGAUGUGUUCAUGCGGGAGGCGCUCGCGCUCAGGCUUGACCUCGUGGAAUCCAGGGUUCAGGUUUGGUUCCAAAACCGACGUGCGAAGUGGAGAAAGAAGGAGAACACGAAGAAAGGGCCGGGGCGGCCUGCUCACAACUCCCACCCGACCACGUGCAGCGGCGAGCCCAUGGACCCCGAGGAGAUCGCACGCCGGGACCAAGAGCGGGCCGAGAAGAAGAAACGGAAGCAGGAGAGGAAGCUGCUGAAGUCCCAGAACAAACUCCUCGCGGGCGACAACUUCCACACGCCCGGCGGCUCAGACAGCGACAGCGGGGUCUCCCAGUUCACCGACAGUGAGCAGCAGUCGUCGAGCGUCGGCAGGACUAUUCACAUUGAACUGCCAGCAACAAAGGGUGCUGGGGGACACCACACCGAAUCCAGCUGUGACCAAACACGACACGACUUCAACCAACUGCAAAACCAGCAAAACCAAAGAACGGUGGGAGAACCGGAGCAGGUCUCUCCAUGCAGCACGCACAGCUCCAGUCCUGGAGGCCCGAGGUCCUCCGCCCUGCAGAAGCGCAACCCUUUCAGCGUGGAGAGCCUCCUCUCCGACGCCACGCCUCGACGGAAACCUCAGCUGGACUUCCCCUCGUUGCCCAGUCAGAGGACACUGGUGGGUAAAGGUCACUUCUUGCUUUACCCGAUUACCCAUCAGCCCUUGGGCUUUCUCGUGCCCCAAACGGCCCUGAAGGCCUCACCGUGUCAGGACAGCAUUCACAGGCUCAGCCUGGGACAGAGGUGCGUGGCGAGCGAAGGGAGCCCCGCUCCCUCCGACCUAUCCGGCUUUGUCGCCAAGCCUCUGACCUCGGACCGCGUGGAGCAUCACCACGAUCACAUUAGCAAUAGGGCGGACGGAGACACAGACAUGGAGGAGUGUGGCGGCGACCGCAGCAAUGGAAGACUGCCCGGUUCUCCCCCACCAAACGGGCUGAGCUCCGCGCAGUCCGGCGACAGUGGCGACGAGAGGAGUUUGAAAGUUCCGACGGAAGCAGCGACAGCCGACGAGCUGUGCGCUGAAGGGACGGGUGCGAGAGAGGAGCGAGCGUCUCCGGACCCCUGCGAGUGUCUCGAGGCAAACACAGACUGUCAAGAAACACCCGGAACAGAUGGAGAGGAUGUCGAUAUGGACUAACACUUGCGAGGAGCAAACAUAAACAAAGGACCAGGAACACCGCUCAGACUAUUCAAACAUUCCCAAAGCUCUGCUGAGACACUCGAAAAAACAUAUCAGGAAUCAGGAGACUUUAAUUCUCAUCUAUUUUUUAAUCAUAAUGUGUGACCAAUCCAGAUGCCCCCCCCUCCUCCCCCCCAAAAAAGCUGCGGCUGUCCCUCCCAUUCAGGCUUUAGGGCCUAAACACCUAGAAGCAGGUUCUUUCUCUCUGUUUUUGGUGACCAACUUGUAACAAAAAAACUCGGCCACAAUAAACACCGUUACACACAACAAAGAUCCUCAGAUAUUGUAUAAACGAGAAAAUGAUAUUUAUAUGUGAACAUUUUGAUAAAUAAAGUUAUUGUUUAAUUGAAUCACUGUCUUUCUAGGGCCCUGUUGAGGGGGGGGGGGGUGCUGUGUGGCGGAACCUUGGAUCAUGUGGAUGGAGCUUUGUCAUGUUACAGCAGAUAAAUCCUCUUUUUUUUCUCUGUGUAGUGAGCCAGAGCUGGGCCUCAAGUCCGUCUGGCUGUUUGUAUUUAUUGCUUUAACAAAUUUAUUCAUUUGAAAGGCCGAGCUGGAAUGAGGUUAGUGGCCGCGGGCUAUAGGACCCUGCGCCUCCUGCUGAGUUUUGAUAUGAAAGUAAUUAUUUUCCCACUGGCUGCCACGGGUCUCGAGGCAGUGUUUUUUUUUUUUUUUUUUCUUCCUCCUUUCAGCCCAAAGGGUUAUUAGACAUUACCGAUUUCUAGUGAUACGGAAUCACAUAAACUUCCUACAAUAAUAGAAUUAGCAUGAAAGGCAGGGGUGUCAAAUUGAAAUGGGAAAAUAAUAGCCGCGCCAGCUGCAUCGUGUGUGUGUGUGUGUGUUUGUGUGCGUGUGUGCGCAUAGUCUAUUGAGCGCGAGGAGGAGGAGGAGAUGGCGGUAGAUUCGUGGGGCGGAAUUUUCAUGAGCUGCCGCGGUUGUCAGACGGCCCUUGUAGUCGGCUAUAUUAAGAUAGAUGUUCGAUGAUAUCCCUCAUUGUUCUGUCGCUUAUAUUGAUGUUGCUGCGUUAUCGCCCUAUUGAUCAUGUGUCGCACAUAAUAGGACAGGCGCGCGCCCGCCUGCCUGCGCCUUUUUACAAAAGCGCCGGGGCCCCCUCGUCAUUUGUUCUAAUAGGACUGCGAGUCCCUCGGGGGGAGACAGAUAAAGAUAUAGGAGAGGGAAGGAGGGGGGGUGAUGUGCCAGGCUUGCAUUAAUAUUAUUUGACCAAUUGUUGGCUGAGCUAAAAAAAAAAAAAAAGUAAGAAAGAAAGUGAAGAAUGGCUGAAUUAAAAGAUGUUGUGGGACAGAAGAGGAGACGGAUUCUCCUUAACGUGCAGGUGUGUGUGUGUGUGUGUGUGUGUGUGCCGACGUGCGCACACGCGCCCGUUAGGGAAAAUAGUGUGUUUAGCUUAUGAAGUGUAAACGCCACCAAUUCCCUGGGAACUGAAAUCCCAAUUAUUAAAACCAUUAAUUCUGGCGAGCCGGUGCGCGGAGGAGGCGCGUUGACAGCCCGGCUAAAUAUCCCUGAUCCCUCCCGGUCACCUCGCCUUUAUUUGCAAAUAAAUUGAGGGGGUUCCGAGGGACAGAGCUUUACUUUGCAGCGCCGACCUAAAAUGAAUUUCCGUGCCUGAGUCCCUUUAAUAAUAUUUACAUAAUUUUCGCUCAGUGACUCUGCUAUUUGCGCUGUAGGAAGCGGGGGGCUUAUAGGAAAAUAAUUAGACAAGAGGACGAGGAGGGAGCGAGAGUGAAAAACAGCAGGAGGAGGAUGGGUUAAGACCGGAGCUGAACACUAAAUUCCCAGACAGCUAAAAUCAAUGAAAGUAAUAACCCUAUUAUUUAAUUCAUAAGGACAUUAUUUCCCCACAAGGCCUCGGGAAACGUCCCCUUCGACCGAAACAAUCACAUUAAAUCGUUCAUUCCGCGUGCGCGGUGUGAAAUUUCUACUUUUAUUCUGUCUUUCUUUCUUUUUUUCCCUUUUUUUUUGGAGGGAGGAAACGCUUUUAUUAUAAUCGUUUGGCUUCAAGAGUGUGAUUAAUUAGAAAAUAUAGGUCUGAUCUCCCUUCAGCAAGGCCUUUAUAGUGUGUUUGUGCUGUGAGUGCACGUGUGGAGACAACGAGCGCAUAAAGUGCGCCCUUGUUGUAGAUUAUGGGCCCUUUUUUCAAAAUGAAUGAACUGAAAAAUAGGGUUAUGAUUUUACUUUGGACAUGGGCCUCCAUAUCAUCAGAGGCAACAUACAGCCCAUCUAAGUAUCUCACUACAUCUGCUGUAUGUUCAUUUGGACCUGUGGCUUUAAUUAAAGGCCUCACAAUCAGGGACGUGCAAUAAAUCUGGAGGCGAAAUGCCUUUUAGAAGUAGAACUCGAACAGAUUAUGGUGCAAAUCCGCUGUAGAAACAGCUUUGGUUUAGCGCGUUGGAUGCUCUUUUCGUGUAAAGGAAAAACAUGUCUGCAUGUAACAAGACACAUUCUUACUUUUUCUGUCCAUUUUGGGAAGAAAAGGCCUGUGUGUCCGACCAGAAACAUGAUCAAUCAGACUAUAACUUCUAUCCACCUAUCUAUCUGCUAUGGCAUCUAU